AUGCAUAUAGUGACAUCAGGCCUGCCUGGAGUGUACGCCUAUCUAGAUGAUCUGGUCGUCGUCGGUGACACAUGGGUACAACACAUUGGCCGACUCCGUGAACUCUUCAACUGUCUAGAAGAGUUCAACUUCACCGUAAACCUACCCAAGAGUGAAUACGGACAUGCCACCUUAAUCUUCCUUGGUCAUGUCAUUGGACAAGGGAAAAUUGCUCCAAUUGAUGCCAAGGUUGCCGAUAUUCUCAAUCUACCUGCACCUCACAAUCGAAAGGCUCUCAGAAGAUUUCUCGGGAUGGUUGGAUUCUACAGGAGGUUUUGUAAAAAUUUUGCCAGGGUGGUCACUCCCAUGACAGAUUUGGUCAGCCCAAAAAGAAAGUUUGUGUGGACUGAUGAAUGCCAGACAGCAUUCGAAAAGGUUCGUGGGUUGUUGGCGACGGCACCUGUACUGCAACUCCCAGACUUUAAGAAACAGUUUGUGAUACAAUGA